AUUUUCCUUAAAUUGAAUCCUGUGGAUGGUAAAAUCAGUGGAGAAGCUGCACGCAGUCAUAUGCUUACAUGUAAUCUACCCAAUAGUACACUGAGAAAUAUUUGGAUUCUUGGUGAUGUUGAUCGUGACGGGUGUUUAGAUGAAGAUGAAUUCGCCUUGGUGUGUUAUUUAAUGAAGUUAAAAUUAGAAGGUAAUGAAUUACCGCCUUCUCUUCCUGAGCAUUUAAUCCCUCCAUCUAAACGUCAGACUGAAAAACCACUUCGUAAUGGAUAUCACAAAGGCUAAUUGACUACUACUUCUACUACUAAUAAUAAUCAGUAUAUUCGAUAAUGCGGAAAAAUCCACUUGAUGAAAUACUAAUCCAUGGCGAAAAACGAUAAUGAAGAGAACAAGUAAACUUUAUCAGCUUAUAUCGCUUUCCUAUCGUUAUUUGUACGUAUAACACAUUUGCUUUACUGACUUUUUUUCAAAAAAAUAAUUAAUAUAAAACUGAUUGUCUAGUCAAUAUGAUUUAUGGAAUAAAUAAACAGAAGCCCUUAUUAUUCUUUCCGGUUCAAGCAUGUCCCUGAAGUGUUUUCUAUUAUUGGACUUAUACUACUGUUAUACAAAUAAGUAGUAUAAUGCGUUUCGUGUAAAAUCGGGCUGCAUGCUUUGAGACAGUCGCUUUUUUUUUCUCGUGUUCAAUUGUUAUCUUGGGUUUUUUGUGUGGUUUCUUUUCUCUUCUGUUUUGCUGCCUUUUUCACACCUCAGAUGUAUACCUCCUUUUAUCGAAAUUUAAGGUAAUCUUUUCUAAUUUGAUUCUUCUCUCACCCUCAUGGGUUAUUAUGUUUUGUUUCUUUUGCAUGCUAAAUAUCUGUUAUAGCUUCUUAACAAGCACUUUUUUUUACCGGAAAUGAUUAAACGAAAGCUAAUCAUCUGUAAAAUAUAAAAAGCGAUGAUCUGCCUUCUUCUUCGUUGAUGGUUAUAUUAGUUAUAGUUAUAUAAUCUAUUAUAUGCAUUUUACAAGAAGUUA